UCUGGUGGAGGGACCAAUAGAAACGCGGUUCUUCGGGAGGGGCAGGAACACAACGUAACAGGUCUGCAGCCCUACUCUAGCUACCAGCUCAGCGCUACGUGUUAUAACAGCAAUGGGUAGUACCGCCUCCAUCUGGACUACUGUUACUACACUCACUGAGGCUCCUCAGUAUAUCUCUCCAUUUGAGGUGUACAGUAACCUGACUCUGGUGUGGCUGGACUGGAGUGCCUCUUUCUCUCUGAACGGUCUUCUGAGAGACUACUCACUGACAGACAACAACCUGAGAGUCUACAUUGGCUUCCACAGCUACCUCUAUAUACCCCGCACCUCAGAGAAGACCCUCUCCCUCCAGGUGACCUGUACCACAGACAUUGGCAGUGCCAGCACCCCUAUCAUCAGAUACAGUCCUGCUACAGGCAUGAGUCCGGUGGAGCCCACCCCAGGAGGGAAGCAGGGUGUGGGGACCCAGGGAGCUCCAGUCUACUCUGAGAUGUGGUUCAUCCUGCUGCUAGUCUUUCUGGGUCUCCUGGUCCUGGCUGUGCUGCUGGGCCUGGUGCUGAGGAGGGCCCUGAGGAAAGAACCCUUCAUUAGAGAACGCCCCCCUCUCGUCCCCCUGCAGAAGAGGAGCCAGGCGGGAGGAGACGCUUACAUGAGGCCGUAUUCUGACAUGUGUUCUAAACAUCACGCCAGUACUCUCCUCCUCACUGACCUCUCCACUGUUGCAGGCCUGACGGACAGUAAGAUUGGGGCGGAGGCUCACGGUUCAGCCCCAUGUCGGUCUCCGUGUGCCCAGCCAAUCACAGCUCAGCCACCCUACUCCCAGAACUCCUGCACCGCAGCGUCAGUCAGCUGAUCGAACAGGACAGGAAGUCUCUUGAUGGGGGAGGGAGGACAAGACUCUGGGCUGUAUGUGGAGGAUGAUGAGUUUGUUGAAGCCAUCAAAGCCUUCAGCUCUGUGAGGAAGGAACACACCAUGUUCACAGACACACACCUCUAGAUGGGGUCCCCCCCCCACACACACUACAACCACCAACAUCUGGGCUCUCGACACACUACAACUGAACUGAAAACCCAGAACUCAACUUACUAACCCCCAGCAGUCAAAACAUGAACACAAACCAUGGACCUCAAACUGAAACCAUGAACCCUGAACUCAAGUUAGAAUCCCAGGCUUUCUAAAACUCCUAUACUCAUCAUUAUUACUUUAUGCCAACUGCCAUAACCUGGAAACAGCUAAACAUUUCAGCAAGUGUGGAACUCAAAGCAAUGCCUCUCACCUCUUUCAUUUUUAUCAUAACAGUUAACCUACUGUAAGUGUGUGGUAACUGUGCCUAGUAAACCUAGCAUCAAUGACAUUUUUAAUGGUAUUUGUGACAAGACCAUUUUUAUAAUCAGUGUAAAAGCCAACUGUUUAUGUGAAUGAACUAUAUCCACAAAUGUAUCAUCUGACAGUAUUUGGUUGAUCAAUGUUGUGGUAAGUGGUUGACGGAAGUUUUGAUGUGGUAAUAGUUUUCUUGAGGUUAACCAUAGUGCUGUGUGGUGCUUCCACACACCUAACAUUGUGUUUCAAACUACACUACAUAACCAAAAGUAUGUGGACYCCUGCUCACCAAACAUCUCAUUCCAAAAUCAUGGGCAUCAA